AUGGACAGCCUAUUCUAUAAUCCAUCUACACCUCCAAAUCCUGCACGCGCUUCUCGACGUGGCUUUAUCCGCGAGAGAAUGAGCAACAAGUUCAUUCCGUACCCCCCCUCUCCAGCUCCAAUUGAGCAUGCCGGAACAUUGGAAAAUGGCCUCACACAAAUGCGUCCUGCAACCUUGUACAAAGGGUAUCAAGCAAAGCUUGCUGCUCGUGAGACUGCACGCCAGCGCAUGUUGGUGACCACAUGGGAAAUCGAGGAAACCGAGCGCUUCCUUGAGUUCCUGGAUGCUCUGCAUGUCGACAACGAAGAACGGCUCAGAUUUGCUCAAGAAGACUUAAACAUCUUUAGGAAGCUAUUUUCUGAGCGUGACCGUUCUGAUGUCAAUGACGACAGAGAUUACCUUCAAGCUGUCUACGAGGAUGAAAUGGAGAUUCUUCGCGUUGUCUCGCUACAAGCUGAGCAGUUCUCAAAGAUCUUAGGUGCACGUGUCAAGAAGGAUUUCUUGCAACCUGGAGCCAAAGGAUCGGGAUCACCAUCGCCUGAGCCUGGGGUUUCGAUUAGAGAUAAUCUGGUAUCCGCAGAUCAGGAAGAUAACUCACAGGUUUCGGUCAAUUCGGCAGCACAAAUUCAAAUUGGACUGCUCUCUGCGCACAUGCAUCCUCAACUCCCUCUACUUUAUGGCCAGCAAACGUGCACUGCCCCGCAAAGGACUCCGCGCACCAUCAGCACACGUCCGCUCCCCACCAGCCAUCAGUCCGCUCCCUACCAGUGCGAGCCAGCUUACCAGCAUGAAGAUCUCGUGCACUAUCAGCAUCAGGACUUCGCGCCUCCUCAGCAGGACUUCGCGCCUCCUCAGCAGGACUUCGCAUAUCCUCAGCAAGACUUUGCGUCUGGCGCUGGAUCCUCGACCGGAUAUGUUGCUCCGUCAUUAGCGCCCAGUUGGGUCGGCGAUGAUGAGGAAUUUCAGACUCAUUCAGUCCUGCCACCGGAUCUCCACCACUUAUGGCCAAUGUCGACGGGAGAGAUCCCCAACUCCCAUGUGAUACAUACUACAGGGCCUGCAAGGACAUCGAAAGCACGUUGUCGUGCAACUCGACGUCUGCCCCCCACACCACACCUUGUCAUUCCUGUUGUGAUGCCCACAACGAUGACAGGGACUGUCGCACCUCUGGAAUCCAUCGAAGGUUCCGCCGUUGACAUUAGUCCCGAGACGCGCAAACAAGCGAUCUCAGCCUCAAAGGAACGCGUAUUAUCCAUCAUCUUUUCUGACGAUGCACUGGUAUCUCUCGCGGCUGACAAAAAGCGCAUCGUCAAAAAGGGCAUUUCCGAAGUAAGAUCUAGAAUACCAGCCCUUCUCGUUGCAACACAAUGGACGGCUAACGAAAAGGACAUCGUGAACAUUUGGUGCGCAGUGACGAAAUUUCGCACUGCGUUCGCAAUGAUCAUCCGACAAGCUGUUGUGAUGGGAUAUUCCCUCUUCCCACCACAGGGCUGUACUAUCCCCCCAGAUACUUUUCGUGUUGAUCGGAUACGCUGCCUCGUCGUAGAUAACGACUUAGCAUUCAUGCAUCAAUACACUUUUGCAGACGGUGCGCUUGUCAUUCACUCGAAAUUCACCAACCCAUUCAUCCUUCAUGUCCUAACGAAACUCAUCUGGUGUUCGCCCUUCCGGCUCCACACUUUUGUCGACGAAUGCCUAUGCCGUCAAAUACGUUACACUAUUGGCGCAGCCGGCGCCAUUACAGAGUCUGCAUUGAUGGAGCAGGGCUUGAUACAACUUACAAAGGGUAGGAUUACCCCCCAGAUGAUGCAUUCGACAUUCACAAAGAUUGUUCUGGGCCUGGAUCAGCUAAGUGACGCUGAAAAGGUUAUUUUAGACAACUUCACAGACAGCAUCGUCGUUUGCGGGCGCUCGCAACAGCAAGCCAACGACGAACUAUCUGAUUUUGAUUUUGAAUAG